AUUAAUGGAUUGCUUGAUGCAGAUCUUAAAAUUUUAUUUGCUAACGCUUUUUACAGAUCAAAACCAAUUUCUGCAUCUGAAUCGAACCUAAAAGAUCCUUCUUUUAGUAACUAUUGUAAAAAUGAUGAAAGAUUAAAAGUUGUCAUUUGGCCGCCACCACCGCCACCAACUUCUUCGUUGUUGAGUGGAAAUAAUGUAUGCAUAAGAAGAAAGAAUAUAAUGGAUCCGGAACGAAUCAAUGAAUAUAAGCGUCAAAAAGAAAUAGAAAUGGAAGCGAUAAGGAGGAAAGAGCGAGAAACCAUGAGGCUCUUGCAAAAACAGAUGCAGACAAGUCAAAUUUAUCGGAAAGAGCGUAGUGGUGAUAAAGUUGAAUCUCCAUUUCGAAAUGAUAAUUUGUUGGUAAAAGAUGCUCAAUUUUACGGUUCAAAUUCGGAUUAUCGUACUAUUAAUACUUCAAAUAUUAAAAAUGAGCCUAAUCCACAAGUUCGAGUAUUCGAAACUCGACCCAUCUCUGCAUUCUCUGAAGACCUUAGUUCACAAGAACUUAUGUAUUCUCCAUCAUCACAAACUUGGAAGCGAACAUAUGUCGUUGAUACUCAAUCGCCAAUAGCGAAAAAUGAAAUUAUUUCUAGCCGCGAACUUCUUGAACGUGAACGAUUCGAUGUUGAUCUCCUUAAGUUGCGUGAGGCUUUCAUUGUAAAACCAGAACUUGAACUCGAAAUUCAUCGAACUGGUAGGAAAUGGAAACCUCCUCCCGACCCACCGUAUAUUUGGUCAACUUCGCGACUUUCUUAUAAUACUGAUUUGGAAAUGCUCUCAUCGAAUACUCCUAUUCCAGUUAGUUCCGAACUUAGCGAAAGUGAAGAAUACAGAUGGGAACCAUAUAAGACCGAUUCAAAUUAUAAAUAUGAACGUAAAGACUUCGUCCCUGAUGAUGUUUAUUUAGGUCCUGGUUCUUUGGAUGAUGUUGCUAAACGACAGGUGAAAUAUCUUAUACCACCAUCUCCAGAUGGGACACAUCGACCGAAAGCAUUAUUUCGAGGACCAAGGUCCACUCCUUCUGGCGGAUUUUGUCCACGUGCUCCUAAUUCAAUUAAGGUAAGCGAAAAAAGAUUGACAGAUUCUUAA